ACAUGCUGAGGAACUAUCCUUUGAUUUGCAAACCUAUCAUCCAAAUUUCAAUGUCUAGUUGGUGAAGAACAUCGCCAAAGUCCACAAAACAACCAUCGGUGGAGGUAUUAAUUUGUCAGCAUGAAGGGGUCUCUAAAAUAUAAAAUGGGAUAAGUCUAUUAUCCUUGGUUGAAAAUAGGCUUCUAUUGUUGUGUAUAAGCCAAUUCCCAUAAAAAACCCGUGAGCAUCACAGUGCAACUGUGUUAUAUGCUGUAAUACAGUGGGGUAGAGUAUACAAAAGGAAUUACAACAACGAAAUAUAUAAUCAUCAGCUUCUGUGGUGACCAAUAUGAUUGAAAGCUGUCACAUCUGUUAAUCAGAUAUUAGCUUGAUAGCUUCAGCUGUUUUUCAUUGCAUGAGGAGUUCUCAUAUGGAGAUUUCAUCAAUCAGAGGGCUACCUGAACUGGGGAUAAUAGAGGAUCCUAACUUCCUCCAUCAGUGGCAGUUAAACUCUAUUGAUACAACUAGCUUAAAAGGUGCUGCUUUUGGAGAUAUUUUGCAAAAGCACUCAUUCUCUGAUAACUCAAACUUCAACCCCAAAACAUCCAUGGAAACAUCACAAACUGGAAUUGAAAGAUAUGCAAAACAGCUCGGUGAUAACAGCUGGAAUCACAACAAAAGUCAACAACAGACACCAGAGACACAAUUUGCUUCAUGCUCAAAUCUUCUUUCAUUUGUUAAUACGAAUUACACAAGUGAAUUGGGACUAGUGAAGCCUAAGGUGGAGAUGGCGUGUCCUAAAAUUGACAACAAUGCUCUUGCAGACAUGUUGAUCUCUCAAGGAACCUUAGGAAAUCAAAACUAUAUUUUCAAGGCUAACCAAGAGACCAAAAAGAUUAAAACACGUCCUAAACUUUCUCAACCUCAAGACCACAUAAUAGCUGAAAGGAAGCGAAGAGAGAAGCUCAGCCAACGGUUCAUUGCUCUAUCUGCUCUUGUUCCGGGCCUAAAGAAGAUGGACAAAGCUUCGGUUCUUGGAGAAGCUAUAAAGUAUUUGAAGCAAAUGCAAGAGAAAGUGAGUGCUCUUGAGGAGGAACAGAACAGGAAGAGAACUGUGGAAUCUGUGGUAAUUGUGAAGAAAUCUCAGCUAUCUAGUGAUGCCGAAGACUCUUCUUCAGAGACUGGUGGUACAUUUGUCGAGGCACUACCUGAAAUUGAAGCAAGAUUUUGGGAAAGAAAUGUCCUCAUAAGAAUACAUUGUGAGAAGAAUAAAGGAGUCAUAGAGAAAACAAUCAGCGAAAUUGAGAAACUCCAUCUAAAAGUCAUCAAUAGCAGUGCCUUGACAUUUGGGAGUUUCAUCCUGGAUAUAACCAUUAUUGCUCAGAUGGAUAUGGAAUUUUGCAUGACAGUGAAGGAUCUUGUGAGAAGUUUACGCUCAGCUUUUUCAUAUUUCGUGUGAAGAGUUAUGCAUUUUUCGGUCGUCCCCGAAAGGUACAUGAAGAAUAGGAGUGCAAUCAAUUUAUAUAUAGCAGUUCAUAUAUCAACUAUAUUAUCAAGUUUAAGUUCUUCAAUAAUAAUUCUGUUUCCAAGGCCGGUCUGCAAUGUCUGCCAUCCACACCAUGUUUGCUCUGAGGUUCAUUUUUGCAGAAGGGUUUUUUGUAGCGAUAUUUUCUUCUUGCAUGGUCAACUUGUUGACAGUGUUAUAUUGUCACACUCACACCCUACUGUUUCAAGAGUGAACGUAGAGCUUGUUAGGCAUUUUUUGGCAGGAAGUUGGAAAGUUCAACUACCUGUUUUCCAUCUAUUUCUUACCUAAAUCCUGACAGACAGGCCUUUGUUGAGUGACUUAUUAUCUUCUUUUUUUUUUUUCAAGUGUUCUGGAGUUACUUUUUUAUUUGAAACAAAACAUGCUUGUAAAAGUUUGGUUGAAAUUGGUAGUGAUGGAAUAAUCGUACUUUUUAUAUCUUGUGGAUAUGCUCGACAUGUUACAUGGCCUCAACAUGAUAUUAUUCUGCAAAAGCUAAUGCUACCAAUUUAAGCAUAUGUAAAUUGUAGGUGGUGGAUUAAGCUU